AUGUUCAAAGCUGGGCUUUUCUCAGCGGAUGGUAAUGAGAUAGUUGAUGCUGGUUUACGAAGCUUGUCGCCAGAAAAGCUGGCCAAAGGAAUGACGGCAUCCCCCAAGAACCAAUUGAUCGGACUGGAAAGCCGUUGCUACCUACUUCAGAGCCUUGGUGUUUCGUUAGAAUCGAACCCAAGCAUUUUCAAGCGAGGCAGACCAAGCGACAUUGUUGUUCUCCAGGAGAUUCUAAAGGAUAGGCCUGGCGUCCAAAGCUUUCACAAACUGACGCAAUGGCUAUCAUAUUCUCUCAUGAUGGCCUUUGAGCGCCUUUUAAACGUACGAUGGACGCAUACAAAUCCACUCACCGGUCUUUAUGAGUAUAGAAACGGAGGCUUGUUUGUCGACACUGGUGUGCUCACGCUCAAACCCGACAUCUACUCGCAAGGCCUUCUAAGCUCAACCGAAAAGAUUCCUAGCUUUGAUGCUACAAGCGAUGUAGUUGUGGAGUGGCGUGCUCUCACGGCGGCUCUUUUGGACAAGAUUCAUGAACUUGUUAAUCAGAAACUUAUCCAAAGCUUAGGAAGCUGUCCGAAGUUGAUAUUGGCGCAGGUUCUGGAGGCGGGCACAUGGAAAUGCGGCCAAGAGCUGGCUUUCGGGUACAGGCCCCAAACUAUGUCGAGCCCAAUUCAUAUCUUAGAUAGCGCUGGGACACUUUUCUGA